GAAAGAUAAAUACUCUGGGGAAAUAUGCAGCUUUGCAAAUGUAACAAUGCCUGAAUAAACAUACUUUUUAAAGAAACACAAUAAUAAAAGGCUACAGUCAGCAACUUUUUUCGUAACAGCGAAAUUCUAGGAUAUUGACCAGGACUGGGUCCUUGGUGAAUAACUUUUAAUAGCGAAAUAUCAACUUAGAUCCAAGUUGCUAAGUUUGCAAACUGAUCUUGAUGUUUUAUUCCUUUGUAUUUAUGGAGCUGAGGUGGGGAAGCGAGGUGGCUGCUUGCGGCAUUUCAAACUUUCUGAAAGUUAAAUAUCAGGUCAUCAGGAGUUUGUGCGUUUUGCCCAGGCUCUGGUCUCCAACGCUGUGGUUUCUCUGGCUGUAACCGCCUGUAAGUUCACGCUGUCUGUUUGAACGACCCAUCUCCCGGUGAUAGGAACGCACUUUCGCGCAAGGAAGCUAUAAAAUCACUGAGUGGUCAUGGGUGGGGGUGAGAGAAUAUCUGCUUCUGCAUUUCCCUCAACCAAAGUGGCGGAAAUCCAGUCAGUAUCAGAUGAAUGGCAGGCGCCCGAGUGGUUGUUUGGCCAAUCUUUUGAUGAUCAACACCGCCCCCCACCCCGCCCUUUCUCUCUCUCUCUCUCUCUCUCUUUGCUGCUCUUUUUUUUCGCCCGAGUCUCAGAGACGGUCCGCCCCCUCUUAGCUCACUUCACAGUUGCCAGUCAGAGAGCUGCCUCUGUAAGUGAGUGAGAGAGAGUGUGUGUUUACUUCCUUUCUACCUGUGUCCCACCAGCGCACGGGAACCAGCCCUUUUGAAGUGAAAGCGAGAGGACACACUUACGGAUCCUUGGGACUAUUUUGCCUUUUGCUGGGGAGGGGGACGCCGAAACAGCCAUCGCUCCCGACCCACCCCCCGGAUUUCUUUUUUGUCCAGUUUUUGUCGUUGGAACCUUCUGUUCGGAGAACUCGCUUUGCUGUCCAGGGUUUGCAUCACUGAAGUCAAGCUCUGGGACAAGUUUGAAUGGGAGAAAAAGUUUAAGCAGAGAGACGAUUGGAGCGGCUGGUUGUACUAAUUGGUUUGGAAGGGAGUUGGGUGGAGGAGGGGGGAAGAGGGUUUGAGAUGGGACGGCUGAUCAGAGUGAGUUGCCUGUACACCCUGACCUGGUGGUGGUCGAUCCUGGGCAACCUGGCGAUCAGCUCGAUCGAAUCGGAGCGCUCUGAGAGAGAGGGCAGAUGCCAGGCCAUUGACAUCCCCAUGUGCCGGGACAUCGGCUACAAUAUGACCCGCAUGCCCAACCUGAUGGGGCAUGAGGACCAGCGCGAAGCGGCCAUCAAACUGCACGAGUUCGCGCCCCUGGUCGAGUACGGCUGCCACACUCACCUCAAGUUCUUCCUGUGCUCCCUGUACGCGCCCAUGUGCACCGAGGAGGUCUCCAUGCCCAUCCCCGCCUGCCGGGUCAUGUGCGAGCAAGCCCGCCUCAAGUGCUCGCCCAUCAUGGAGCAGUUCAGCUUCCGCUGGCCUGACUCCCUGGACUGCAGCCAGCUGCCCAACAAGAACGACCCCAACUACCUGUGCAUGGAGGCGCCCAGGAACGGCUCCGAGGACGCCCCCCGCGGCUCCAGCGUCCUGCCGCCCGUCUACCGGCCCCACCUCCGGGGAGGCAGCAGCCCCCAGGAGCUCUUCCCCUUCUCCCAUGAGAGUCCCUCCAAGGCGGCCUGCGAGAACUACGACAAGUUCCACCGGGUGGAGAAGAGCGCGUCGUGCGCCCCUCUCUGUUCCCCCUCGGUGGACGUUUACUGGGCCGCUCAGGACAAGAGGUUCGCCUUCGUCUGGAUCGCCGUCUGGUCGCUGGUCUGCUUCUUCUCCAGCGCCUUCACCGUCCUCACCUUCCUGAUCGACCCUCAGCGCUUCAAGUACCCGGAGAGGCCCAUCAUCUUCCUGUCCAUGUGUUACUGUGUCUACUCUGUGGGCUACAUCAUCCGCCUGUUCGCUGGAGGGGACAGCAUUGCCUGUGACAGGGACAGUGGCCACCUCUAUGUCAUCCAGGAGGGCUUGGAGAGCACCGGCUGUACCAUCGUCUUCCUGGUCCUCUACUAUUUUGGCAUGGCCAGUUCCCUCUGGUGGGUUAUCCUCACACUGACAUGGUUCCUGGCUGCCGGCAAGAAAUGGGGCCAUGAGGCCAUCGAAGCCAACAGCAGCUAUUUCCACCUAGCCGCCUGGGCAAUCCCUGCCAUCAAAACCAUCAUCAUCCUGGUGAUGAGGCGUGUGGCCGGAGAUGAGCUGACCGGCAUCUGUUAUGUGGGCAGCAUGGACGUCAAUGCAUUGACUGGCUUUGUGCUCAUCCCGCUGGCUUGUUACCUGAUCAUUGGCACUUCGUUCAUUUUGUCUGGCUUCGUGGCGCUGUUCCACAUCAGGAGGGUCAUGAAGACAGGUGGUGAGAACACGGAUAAACUGGAAAAACUGAUGGUGAGGAUAGGUGUUUUCUCGGUGUUGUACACUGUCCCCGCCACCUGUGUCAUCGCCUGUUAUUUGUAUGAGCGCCUCAACAUGGACUAUUGGAAGCUGUUAGCAACGCGGGAGAAAUGCAAAGGGGGCAACAAUUCGAAACCUCUGGACUGCACCAUGAGCAGCUCCAUCCCGGCGGUGGAGAUUUUUAUGGUCAAGAUAUUCAUGCUUUUGGUGGUGGGGAUCACCAGCGGCAUGUGGAUUUGGAGUUCCAAGACCCUGCAGUCUUGGCAGAACAUUUGCAGCAGAAGAUUCAGAAGAAGGGUCCGCAGGAAACCUGCCAGCGUAAUUACCAGCAGUAGUGGGGUCUCCUACGGAAAAGCUCAACCUCCUUUGAAAGCACAUGGGAAAUAUGAACCCGCACUCCCACCAACUUGUGUUUGAAAUGAGUAUUGCCCCGAACAUGAGUUUGUCCAUCUCUUUUCCCCUUCUUAGUUUGUGUAUAGGGUUGGUCCAGGAGGCAAAUGACCCAAAACGGGGAAUCUGAAGACAACUUGCCUACAGUGACAAUGUUAAGGAAAAAUAGAUUCCAUUGCUGGCAGCACUGCUAACUUGGGCUGGAUGCAGAGGUUCAAAUAAAGGUUAAAACGUUUGGAGCUCAAAAUCAUCAGGGAUGUGUGUGCUCCCACAGCAUGUGUUCUGCUGUAAUUCUGGAUUGACUUAACAGUUCAAUCAUCAUAUUUUGUCCAGCUCAGCAACUAUUUACCUUUUAAAAUGAAGCCUUCAGGGAUAAGUAGGGUCUCUUCAAAAGAUUCAGUAUCUUGUGGAUAAGCAAUAUUCUGCUGAAGAUGGGCAGUUUUAACAAUGUGCAAUAGUUUCUUUUUCUCUCUCUUUUCAACAAUCAGCUGCAGAUAAAAGGCUCACAAAGAAUCUUCUUCUGACAAAAGAACUUAGAGGUAUGGGCGACAGAAGUUCUUUAAUGACACAUUUUGCUUUCUGAUGGAAAUCAGGCCAGUGUCAGACAAGUUGAACUGAUUUGUAAACGGGCGAUUCAAAGAGACCCACGAAGCUUAUCGACUCGUCUUAUUGUAAAGCUAAUUCUAGCCAUGAAUAGAUCAACAAGCACUAGAUAAAACAAAGAGUUUGUGUGGACAGGGAGCCCCUGUGAUCUUGUAGCUCUUCACUUGCUUUGUGAAGCACAUUGGGACAUUUGUAUAUAUUUGUAAAAUAUAAUUGUUGUCAAGUUUGUCUAUUUUAUAAAAUAAAAUGUUUCUUUAGUUUGGCAAGAAAUCUGCUGAAUAUGGACAAUUCUUAAAAAGCAAUCGUUUCACAGCAAACUGUCUAGAAAGGCAGUGCCUGGGGUUAAAAUGCAAAGCUACUGCCUGCUAAACUUGAUUUAUUGCUGCUACGUGAAGGCAGAAUAUUAAAGAAAAGGGCAGGUCAGACCUGUUGUGAACAGAAUUUGCGUGACGUUAGUUAAUUAAAGUUGUAAGUAAUUGGAGCUGCUGUGAUGUUCCAUUUUAUAUUGACUAUAACAUAAUGGCAUACUUUAAAAUAUUUAAAAAGGGAUAGUGUUUUACUAAAUGCCCAGCUGUAAAGUUAAUUAAACUAUGCUGAUUUGUAUUACCACUCCUAAGGGUUGCUUAGAGCAAAAUACAGCAACUCAGCAACUGAGAUUCUGCCACUUCAAAAACAAACAUUUAUCACAGUGAAGAACAGCCUCAACAAAGUACCCUUUAAUAUAUUGUUAGAAAUAUAGAACACCAGAUACAAGCACCUUUUUAAAAAGAA